UGGCGGAGGUCCGGGCCCGAAUCUGGAAAAUGCUGCUGGCACCCCAGGAAAGGUCCUCCUCAAGGAAGAGGACGGGGCUGAGUCGUUGGAAACUGCUUACAAGGAAGUCGAGUCCCAAGCCUGCUUUUGACCCUGACAAUGUGGAACACUGGGCUGAGAGAGUGGAGAAAGCCUCAGAAUUUGCAGUUUCGAAAGCAUUUUGUGCUGGAAAUUCAGAUUUAUCCAGUCUUUGGCACCAAAGCACAGAUUUGGAAGCAUCUGAACAAAUAAAGGAUUAUGAUGAAGUCUAUGCAGAAGCUCAGGAGCUGGUCAAUGGUUGGUUAGAUUCCAAACUUAAACAAGAACUAGCAAGUGAUGAAGAAGGUGAUGAUGAAGGAUACCCCAUGUCAAGUGUCCCUUCUCUGCCAGAAGCCAAUGACCAUUUGAAAUAUGACAAGUUUGAUGAUUUAUGUAGAUAUCUGGAGGAAGAAGAAGAAGGUACCACUGUUCAGAAAUUUAUAGACCAUCUGUUCCAUAAAGAUGUGGUGGAUUCUGGGAUGUUGGAAGAUCUUGGAAUGAAGGAAAACCAAGACAAGAAGCAGCAGAAGGAUCCUCGUCUUACCAUGGAGAUGAGACAUAAGCAGGUAAAAGAAAAUCGCCUAAGACGUGAGAAAGAAUUGGAGCGGCAGAGAAUUGAAAAAACCCUGAAAAAAUCAGUCUUCUUAGAAGCUCACUAUUUGGUGCAAGAAGAGAAGAAAAGAAAGGCUCUGGAGGCCAAGAAAGAGGAGGAGGAGAUUCAAAAGGAGAUGGUGAAGCUGCGGAGGGAGAUAAUUGAGCGGAAACGCACUGUAGAAGAAGCAUGGCAAACAGAGAAGAAAAGGCAAGAAGAAAAUUCCCUCAAAAAUCCAGAAAAAGGCAUGCUGGAUGAAGAAAAAUUGGCAAAAAAAAGAAAGAAGAAACUGAAAGAGUUAUUAAUACAGACUUUCAAGGAAAAUCAGCAGUGUCAAAAACGCUAUUUCUCUGCCUGGCACAAGCUGAUUCUUGAUCAUAGGAUUAAGCUGGGGAAAGCUGGAACCCUCUCCGACUGGAAGUUUCAACUGAAGGUCCUGCGGGCCUGGAGAGAUUACACAAGGUCCCAGAAGUUGAAACGGGAAACUCAAGCUAUGGAAAAUGAGCUUAGGGAAGAAAACAGAAAACAACAACUGGCCACUGAGUACAACCGGAAACAAGUUCUCAGACACUGCUUUGCGGAAUGGCAGCAUUGGCAUCGUGCAGAGAUCCUGAAGAGAGAGCUAACUCUGGCAAAGGCAGAAACCAGGAAGAAAAUGAAUGAGCUGCUGAAGGCAGCAUCACAGGGAAGACUCAGUGCAAGCGGGUCAUCAGGCACCUGUACCCUUGAGGAGGAGAUACCCACCGUGCACCCACCUGUAAGAAAUGGAGAGGUGACUGCAACUCCCUACUUGUGGGAAAAGCCUCCAUCAGGAAGCGGUGACUUUAUGCUCAGCCCCCAAUUAGGAAGACCAACAAAGAGCAGCUUACAGGUUUCCCUCCAAAAUGUCCCUCAGACCACAUCUGACAUUAAGCAGCACAAGACCCUGGGUGUUGAGCUCCCCCAACAGUCUAGCAACAGUGAGAAACUCAGAACCACCAGCCAGAAAGCAGAACCUAUUUGCAUGGGUCAUUUCCACAACCGUCAUAUCUCCCAGCAACAGCUGAUUGAAAAGCAAAAGAAGAAACUUCAGGAACAGCAGAAAACAAUUGUGGAGUUGAAGGAAAGCCAGCGGUUGGCAGAGGCUCGGUGGGCAGCUGAGCGUGCUGCAGCAGUCUCAGAGGCACAGGGCCGCCUGUUAGCAAGCCCCAAAAGAGAAGAACCAAGAACGUGUCAGUUGCUUCUAAAUUUGCCUGUUGCUUCUCCUGGGACUGACAGGAGUAGAAGUGACUCCCGAAAUUCUGUUUCUGGAUCCAGAAGGAACCCAAGGCAGUUGAUGACGCCCCAUCCCAUACUGAAAGCCAUGGAAGAGAGAGCAGUUCAGCGAGCUGAACGUAGGCGGAUCUUGGCAGAGAGGAAGAAAAAACAAGAAGAGGAAAAAUUGGCCCAGUUAAUGGCCUUAGAGGAAGAACGUCAGAAGAGGGAGGCAGAAGAAAAGGAAGCUCAACUUGAAAAAAAGCGAGAAGAAAAGAGACUGAAGAAAGUGAAAGAACUAGAGAAGCAGAAGAGAAUUAAAAGAAACCAGCAGAUGGAAGCAAUAGCCAAAGAACAUUAUGAAAAGGUCUUGCUAAGAAAAAAUGGUCUGGAGCCUUGGAAGAGAUUGAGAAUACAAAGCAAUCAAAACAUGCAGGUGGCCAAGGAACAUCACUCUUUGGCCUUACAGAGGAAAUGCCUGCUGACCUGGUUCCUGCAUAGCCAGGAAAGUCUGGCUAGGAAGACAGCCCAGGCUGAUCAGUUUUAUUCCCAAGUAUUGCUUAGGAAAGUCAUCCGGAGCUGGCUGCAGUACCUGACUGAUUUGGAGGUAGAAAUGCAAGAACUCCAUAGACAUUUUCUUCAGAAGAAGAUCUUCAGGACCUGGUUGAACAUGGUCAGGGAGGCCAUCAUCGAUUCUCAGAGCAAGUACGAGAUUGCUGUGGAGUAUAGCAACAGGAAGAUUCUCUGGAGCAUGUUUCAGACAUGGAAGACAUUCACAAGAUUUAUGAAAGAGGAAAGAGCGAGAGAAGAAAGGCGAGAGCAACUCCGUAGGAAGGUGACUGAAAUCCUUCCAGACUUUCAGGUGCCGGCAACACCGUGAUUCAGAGGCUCUGUGGCCCUGUGAAACACGCCCUUGGUGGGCCAUGAGCACCAGCCAAUGCGUUGCUUAGCAGAGACUCUAGACUCUCCUUUGGUUCCUGUGUGUGUUAUCUCCACUCACCCUUGUAUAGAUGUGCAUAUAUCUUUGUUACCACCCAUUCAAUACUUCUUGCAUCAAAGGAACUAUUUUAGGAAUUUGUACUUUAUUCCUUGAGUUCUCUUAAAUUGCUAGUUAAUUCACUAAAGCAUGCUUCACAGCAGGAGUAGCCAAAGAAGCCUAGAAUUCUGCCAUUCAAAUGUCUCUGAUGUAAUUUUAGCAUUGUAAACUUUAAGGACAAGCCUGCCUGAGUCUGUGACAGAAAAUGUGUCCUUAUAGCUUAAGUUAUUGCCAAAUGUCAAUAGAAUUAAAAGUAGCAACUAUCUAGAAAAGGAGGCACAGGAGUGGUCAGUGUCCCAGUAACUGAGCAUCACAGCAGGGACUGUCAACCCUGCCCGUUCUGCCCACCCCAUGAGAAACCACCUAUCAAAUGUCCAGGCAGCUGCUACAAAGGGCAGAGCGGAUCCCGACUUUAGGGAUAGCUCCCUUCAGUGCACCUUGAGUAAGCACGUGCAAGAUUCCAAAGCAACCCAGGAAUCUGUUAAAAUGUCUAUUCACACUCCCAAAUGCACCUUCUAAAUAAUACAUUCCAUCUAUCUACUCGUUUUGAUCAGUGCUUGAUCUAUGUAUCACAAUCUCUACCUUGAAUUCAAAGAACGUUUUGAUCUUUGAUGGGCUGAAAGACUGUAACAACUGGCAAAAUACUCCCUCCUAUGAAUUUUUAUAGAGAAUUACCAGAAAAUUGUUUUUCAUUACAAAAUACGCGAUUAUUACAUAAACCCAAGUAGGGAUAAAUGUGCACAGUAAAACCAGAAGGGCCUUUGCAGCCCCAAGGUAACUACACUAUUUGCUAAGUUGAAUAUUUGAGCAGGUAAAAUAAAGUUCUGCGUGUUGCUCAGUAAAUUCUGUUACCACUUCUUCCUUCCCAGAGGGGAUGUCAGGCUACAGUGACUACAGAGUGACUUACAUCCGUUUCCUAUGGAAGAUGUGAUGAAUAACUCAGGCAUGACGAACCAUACUGAACUUUAACAAUGUCCCUGAUGCUGUGUAUCUCUAAGGAUGUAACAAGUAAUCUAAUUUUACAGUUGACAUCUAAAAAGUCUUUAAGACUAGUGGACACUAAAGAAAAUGGGACUAAAAGUCACUCAUGUUUAAUCCUUCCAUCUAAAUCAACCCGAGUUUACACUUAACUAGAAUACAAUUACAGACUAUUGACUGAUUGGUACCCAGAAGUCAAAUAUCAAUUUUACUUUAAUGCCACGCCUGUAGUAGAUAAAGAGGGGUGAAUCCCUUAAGUAAACAUGCUAGGGACCUAAUUAAACCCCAUAAAGCUUACAUUUCUCUUAAACUUUUCUUUAUUUCAACUCAAGCAUCAAUUAGAAAGUCUUUAGCAACCCAUGUUCUUAUUUUACCUACUUACAGAACUCUCUAUAGAGAAAUACAAAAAUAACCAACUAGUGAC